UAAGAACCUUUGUUGCCUGCCAAACCUUUCUUUCGUUCAAAAAGGUUUUCUCCAAUCUAUUUGUUACGUACUCUAUCGUCGUUGACAAUGGGCAUCCCAUCGAAUGCAGAAAUCAAAGAGCUCCUGGAGUCGCAAUUUCAUUCCCGUCUUCAGAAAGCGGAUCUCCACAGCGAUUCCGAGACGCUCUUCCAGUUCGGACACCUGGACGAACUCUUUGCCGAAGAUGUCGAGGUCCACAUUUCUGGUCACGAAUUCCAUCUGAACGGGAAGCACCGGGGCCUGGAUGCCUUCAAAGGCCACCUGGAAUCCGACGAUAUGCCAUCCUUGAGCAGCAUCAUUGAUGUGACUAAGCCAAUCAAGGGUGCUGUCCUCCACGUCAUCGGUGGUGAGAACGAGGAAUGGAAAGCUGCCGUCCUCCACAGCACCGCAACAACUCGCAACAACAAGCCGUGGAACCACGAAAUGGUGGUCGUGAUGCGCUUCAAUCACGACGGGAAAAUUACUGAGCUGCGGGCAUACGCGGACACCCAGCACGUCCACAACCAUAUCCAGGACCACAAGUAGCUAGGCUGGCCCCCACUUUAGUUUGUAUUGGGAAAUCAGUUAGAGGUCGCCUUCGUAUACUGGAGAGAAGUUGUUAUUUUUACCCUAUCAAAUUCAGUCAGACUAAAUCGGAAUAGUCGAAUUCAUUAAAAUCCAUGAAAAUUCAAGCGCUUACAUAAAUAUGCAUUAAUCCACUUCAAUAUAAACAUACUCAAAGUC